UAUGCGUGGUCGCUGUAGCACUUUUGUAUAAUUCUUAUUUUUAUAUUCUAAUUUAUGACAGUUUUUGCAAGUUUAAACAAAAAAUAAUGAAACUAAAACAUUGCGGCUAUUAUGUAAUAUUGCAAAGCUUUCGUAAGGAAAAUAUUAUAUAAGUUAGAUUUGAUCAAACAAGUAGUGGUUAUAAGGUGAAACAUAAAUUGCAGCUAUAAUAUUAAUUUACAUUGUAGUUUGAGUAACAUGUAGAUGUGCCAUAACAGAAUAUUAUAGAAAUACGUUAUAUUGCAAAUGGCUAGUCCUUACUAUGCUUGAAAGUGUGCGUUCCGUCCAAGGUGCUACUUAUUCUGUAAGAGGUGCAGAGCUGGCUCAGAGUGGAAAAACGAAUUCCAGACGUACCACAAAUCUAACUGUGGUACUUUUGGACGAGACGCAAAAAUGUUUUACUGUAGAGAAAAAAUGCAAAGGUUCAGUCUUAUUGGAAAAGGUUUACACACAUUUGGAAUUGACAGAAAAAGAAUAUUUUGGCUUACAGUUUAUAGAUCAAAAAGAAAUAGUGAGAUGGGUUGAUCAUCACAAGUCAAUCAAAAAGCAAUUAUUUGAACAUACUGAUAGAGCUUCUACACCACCUGUUUUAUAUUUCAAAGUUAAGUUUUAUGUAACGGAUCCCAGUCAAUUAUUGGACGAAUUCACAAGAUAUCAACUAUAUCUACAAGUACGAAAAGAUAUUCUUUCCCAAAAAUUACCUGUUUCACAUAAUAUGGCUUGUUUAUUAGCCAGUUACACAGUUCAAGCUGAAUUAGGAGACUACAAUCCGUCGGAACAUCAAACAGGUUAUUUAUCAACAUUUCAUUUGUUAACGAAUCAAACCACAGAGGAUGAGAGAAAAAUUUGUGAAUUACAUAAAUUACAUAGAGGACAACUGCCAAUGGAAGCUGAACUUAAUUAUCUAGAACAUGCUAAAAGACUGGAUUUGUAUGGUGUUGAACUUCAUAAGGCAGUGGAUUCAUCUGGCAAAGACAUAGUUUUAGGAGUGACUGCAAUAGGUCUUGUUGUGAUACAAAAUAAUAUUAGAGUAAACACAUUUUCAUGGUCGAAAAUAAUGAAAGUCUCAUUCAAGAGAAAAAACUUUUUUUUACAACUUCGGAGAGAAGUGUCGGAGUCUUACGAUACUCUGUUGGGUUUCACACUACCGUGUUAUAGAAGAUCCAAAAUAUUAUGGAAGAGCUGUGUUGAACAUCACACUUUCUUCAGACUGCACACACCACAGCACAGGGGGCGGCUUAACUUUGGUUUUGGACUUUCCUUGAGAUUUGGAAGUAAAUAUAACUACUCAGGAUGUACUCAUCAGAAGCCUGCCCUUGAAUCUAAACCUAGUAGGGUCUUUGUGCGCUCUCCAAGUCGAAGAAUAAUUGCAGAAAAACCCGGUCACAUUCUGGAUUUGACUACUGCUCCUCCACUUUCUGUGAAGUCACCUAGAUCUCACGAUAACAAAGUUACGGCAACCACAAAGGCCCAACAGCCGAGAAAGGCUUGGGAAAAUUAUAGUGAUGAUGAAGGGGGAUUUGUGCCAAAGACUUUAGUGCCCAUAGGAUAUGUAGAUGAAGAUGUGGACAGUAAAAUAAAUAGUGAUAGUGCAGUUUAUGAUACUCCGCCUUACAGUGAUACUCAUUCGCCAAUACCUCAGUCGGAUGAAGGAACUGUGUCGAUACAUUUAACUGCUGACGACCAAGGACGUUUCGGUUUCAAUGUAAAAGGUGGAUCAGAUUUGGGACUGCCAAUAUUAGUAUCUCGAGUUGCUCCAAAUACACCAGCUUAUAGAUGUACACCCAAAUUGAACGAAGGUGAUCAGGUAAUCAAAAUUAACGGCCGGGACGUCAGUAAAAUCCCUCAUGAAGAAGUCGUUAGUCUUAUCAGAUCUUCCAGAGAAUCCAAGACUGGAGAAUUGGUUUUAACUGUUAAGCCUAAUAUUUUAGUUAAUGUUUAUGAAGAGGAACCACUGUAUCAAUAUGUGCCAGAUAGAAUGGCCACGGAUAUGGAUUCUAGUAAUCUCACACUGCCAUGUGAUAAUUUGUACGAUCCUGAUUUUAAUGUCAGCCCUCUAUGCCAGUCUAUGAUGCUUUUGUGUGAUGGUUUAGCAUCAGGAGCGCUUAUUUCUCAAUAUGAACAGUUAUAUAGAAAGAAUCCAGAUUUAUCUAUGGCUGAAGCUAAGAAGGUACAAAAUGUUUCGAAGAACAGAUACAGGGACAUAGCACCAUAUGAUUGCACAAGAGUAAUUUUAAAUAAUUAUGAAGGUGGAAAUUACAUAAAUGCAAAUUAUGUAAAUAUGGAAAUAUCAGGAACUGGUAUUAUAAAUAGGUAUAUCGCAACACAAGGGCCACUAUCAAAUACCGUUGCUGACUUUUGGCAUAUGGUUUUGCAAUCAGAAAGCAGAUUGAUUGUUAUGUUAACAACAGUUACCGAGAGGGGUAGAGUUAAAUGUCAUCAAUAUUGGCCAACAAAAGGAGAUACUUUAAAUGUUUCUGCUAAUCUAACCGUUCUAUGUGAAAAAGAAAAGGCUGAUAAUACUGGAAGUUUUGUAUUUAGGGAAUUAUUGCUGAUUAAUAAUAAGACUGGCAUUCGACGUGUGAUUCAACAUUUACAAUAUUUAGCAUGGCCUGAUCAUGGGGUCCCUUCUGACCCUAACAUGUUCCUAUGUUUUACCGAACGAGUGCGCUUAGCACGAAGUCUGCACACAGACAUCGCGGACGAUCUUCCGCUUCGUCCUCGAUCUAUGAUUAGUACUCCUUUCGGAUCGAAAGUCAAUUCUCCUGCCAAAAGUAACAAGAGCAUUUCAAGCAACAAAUCUACCAUAUCCAAUGGAUCUGUAAGCAAAACGGAAGCUUCAAAAACAUUGUUCUCGCCAAAAAGGGCAUCUGCCCCACCAACGAUGACUGAUUGCCCUCAAAUUGACCAAGUGAUACCAGCGCCCAUAGCUAACUUAAGUGAAAUUUCUUUAGGCGAUACCACUGAAGUGUCAUCUGAUGAAUCUCUUAAACAAUCAGAUCUAGAAAAAAUUAUGUCAGGUGAGGACCAGAAUCCGAUUAUUGUGCACUGUUCAGCAGGAAUAGGUCGGACUGGUGUGUUGAUAUUGAUGGAUACAGCUUUGUGCCUGAUGCAAAACGAUGAACCUAUAUAUCCUCUGGAUAUUGUGCAGGCCAUGCGUGAUCAAAGAGCUAUGAUGAUUCAAAAUGCUAGUCAAUAUCACUUUGUUUGUGAAAGCAUUUACACUGCAUAUCGACAAAGAGUGGCGAGCAUAACAAAAUAGUUUAUAACUUUUAUAUAAGUUAUAAUGACUGGCUGAACUAUUAUGCAAUUUUAGGAUGGUUCCAUCAUACAUAAUGAAAUGUAAUUAGAAUCACACAUUCAUGUUAAUUUGCAGAUCAAUAAAGUCAGCAAUAUUUAUAAGAUUUUUGUAGGAGUGAAUAUCAGGGUGUCUUACCUCGGGUAUGGGGGCCAAUUGUUGGGUGUACGGUGUGCGCUGCGGACCAGUUACAUAUAAUUACGACAAAAG